UAUUAAAUACAUAUUUUUGUGAGCUUUGAACUUAAAAAAAACUUUUACUAGUAUAUGUUUCUUUUUUGGGAGGGUGAAUUCUAUGGGAUAGAGAUAAUGGCCUGUGCUAGCAGACAUUUCUACCACCAUAUUCCUCUCAUCUUUCUUUCACAGAUUCUUUCAAUCUUAAAUGUCCAUGAAUCUGCUCUUGUUAGGUUCUUUAUCUUCAACUACACCAGCAACGUGUAAGGGUAGUGUCACCUUUAAUAGUACAAGUAGUCAUAUUAUUUUUGCUGUAAAUUCUGUUGAUAGAUCUCUACAGGUUGUUACGGGUGAUCUUUGGGGUCAAACCUUAAUACCCACAUGUUUGAUAAUUGUCUUACUGCUUGAUUUUAGGAAUUUAAGGACUUCUCUCCCGUAAACUAGAAUUCCUGUCAGAUUCUUUUGCCUGGGGGAAGGGGGAAGCUUAGCUAGUUUUUAUUGAUUUGAUAUCUAAUUUGGAAUCUUUGUUUUCUGGUCACUUUGGCGCAUUUCUUGUUCUGGACUCUGGUUGGUAGUUAACAGGAUAAAAGCAAAUUCUGUUUAGAAUUAGAAACUCAGAAUCUUGAGGGAUUCUUUAAUUCUUUUUUGUGAUUAUUGCCAAAAUUUUCCUUAUCUUCCUAAUCCUGGCUCUUCUAUUUUGCAUUUCUCAGUUAGUAGAGGCUAUAGUACUGGAUAAGAUAGCAUCUUUUUUCUUUUUAAUCUUUCCCUCACGGGUACAACUCCUCCCAAUCAAUCUGUCUUGUAGUCAAUUUGGAGUUUGCUGGGUUUUUCUUCUUAUCCCAAGGUUCUUGAUUUUUUGGUGAUGUUGGAUUUUACUAGACAGUUUCUAUAGAUUUGACAGUGGGUCUCUCUCUUCUAGCUGGAAUUAACAAGGAAGUUAGACCCACUUCAGUCUGGGGUACUGUUUUCUUAGUUAGCUUGUAAUUGGUUACUGUGUCUUGGAUGAGUCUUCUCCAUGUAUUUGGGUUUGGUUUGAAGGUGGGGCAUCUGCUUUGGAUGUUAUGUUGCUGGAUAGCAUCUAUGAUCUCCAUGAACUGGUUCAUUAAUGGUGAAUUUAAGGACGCCAAGGCUGGUCUCCUUGGUGAUAGUGGUAGCAAGAUGUGGUUCAAAUGCUGGGAUAAAAUCUCUAGCUAUAGCUUCAAGAUCCACCAUCACUACUACCAGUAUAUUGGUUCAAAGACACUUGGCAAAACUUGGUGGAGAAAGCUCUUGUUUUCAUGGGUAAUUGUUUGGACUGUAGCUUCUAUUUGGAUCUUCUGUUACAUGAGCUCUCAAGCUACGGAAAAGAGGAAGGAGACACUUGCUAGCAUGUGUGAUGAGAGAGCGAGGAUGUUGCAGGAUCAGUUUAAUGUAAGCAUGAACCAUAUCCAGGCUAUGUCCAUUUUGAUCUCAACUUUCCACCAUGGCAAGCACCCCUCUGCUAUUGAUCAGAGGACUUUUGCGAGGUACACGGAACGAACAGCUUUUGAGAGGCCCCUCACAAGUGGUGUGGCAUAUGCUGUAAGGGUGCUCCACUCGGAAAGGGAACAAUUUGAGAAGCAACAGGGUUGGACUAUUAAGAGGAUGGAUACACUUGAAAAAAAUCCAGUUCAUAAAGAUGACUAUAAUCCUGACCUCUUGGAACCAUCACCAAUUCAGGAAGAAUAUGCUCCUGUUAUCUUUGCACAGGAUAUCAUUUCACAUGUGGUUUCUAUUGAUAUGCUGUCAGGAAAGGAAGAUCGUGAGAAUGUAUUGCGUGCAAGAAAAUCAGGAAAAGGGGUGCUAACAGCUCCUUUUAGGUUACUCAAAACAAAUCGUCUUGGAGUUAUUUUGACAUUUGCAGUUUACAAGGGGGAUCUUCCCUCAAAUGCAACUCCUAAUGAGAGGAUUCAAGCAACUGAUGGGUAUCUUGGUGGAGUGUUUGAUAUUGAGUCACUUGUGGAAAAGUUGCUACAACAGCUUGCAAGUAAACAAACAAUCCUUGUGAAUGUGUUAGAUACAACUAAUCAGUCUCACCCUAUCAGUAUGUAUGGCUCAAAUGCAUCCGAUGAUGGGUUGGAACAUGUCAGCCACCUUAAUUUUGGAGAUCCUUUCAGAAAGCAUGAGAUGCGCUGCAGGUUUAAGCAAAAGCCACCAUGGCCAUGGUUAGCUAUAACCACUUCAAUCGGCAUCCUUGUCAUUGCAUUACUUGUUGGGCAUAUAUUCCAUGCAACUGUUAAUCGAAUUGCUAAGGUGGAAGAUGAUUUCCAUGAGAUGAUGGAGCUCAAAAAAAAGGCUGAGGCAGCUGAUGUUGCCAAAUCUCAGUUCCUUGCUACUGUUUCCCAUGAGAUCAGAACCCCAAUGAAUGGUGUUCUGGGAAUGUUGCAUAUGCUUAUGGACACAGAUUUAGAUGUUACACAGCUAGAUUAUGUCAGAACUGCACAAGCUAGUGGAAAGGCUCUGGUCGCACUUAUAAAUGAGGUCUUGGAUCAGGCUAAGAUUGAGUCUGGUAAGCUAGAGCUUGAGGAAGUGCAGUUUGAUUUACGAGCAGUCUUAGAUGAUGUGUUGUCACUCUUUUCGGGGAAGUCUCAGGACAAAGGAGUUGAGGUGAGACACCUGUAUUGCACUGACCCUAUUCAUCCACCCCCUCCUCUCCUCUCUUCCUUUCUAUUUUACCCUUAAUUUGGUGUCCAUCCAAGUAACAUUGUCUAAUGUAUAGUCAAUUUUGUAUAAUCA